UUCAGUGGGAAGCAGCCGCAGUCCGCUAGUAGUAGUGGGGAUGAAAAUUAGUUACGGCAUCUACCAAGACCUAAAAGGAACUCCGUGCGCGGCGCGACCAGGCCACUUCGUGCAAUGUUACGCGUUAAGGUACCCCCGUACGUCGCAUCGUUAGCAGUGCCCGGUUUCGAAGCUCAUCGUCGUCAUCGUCGUCGUCGUUCUCGUUCUCGUGUUUGACGUGACGGUCAUCGUCACGGUGCGGAAAAGUUCGGUGUGUGAAAAUAUACGUUAUGGCUCAUGGCGUAAACGAAGUGCUCAGUGAAGGAAGCACGGUGAAAAUGGUGCAUCAAAAACAGCAACAACAGCAACAGAAUCCGAGGAAAUCGGUCGGUGUGAUGGGAAGUAGACGGAUAUUCGCGCCGGCCUUCAAACUCAAGGUUCUCGAUUCGUAUAGAAACGACAUCGAUUGUCGUGGAAAUCAACGAGCCACCGCAAGAAAGUACGGGAUUCAUCGACGUCAAAUACAAAAGUGGUUACAGUGCGAGGAUAAUUUGAGAAAUAGUUGUGCCGAGACUGGUAAUACCGGAGUUGUCUCGACAACGGUGAUCUCUCCUGUGGGUGUUUCCAAGCCGGACGGUACCGUGACGGAAGCCACGGGGCCUGCCGUGACUCCAGCAGCGCCGGCCUUGAACCUCAGCCUCGCCAGACUGCACGGCGACGAGCUGGCUACACAGCAAGGGCCCCCACCUCUUCUUUCUCAUCCUCCUCAUGGUGGUUCAUCCUCUUCGUCCCAAUAUGUUUCCCAAUCUGGAACGGCGCCGGUUUUAUCCGUUCGUCUUGGUUAUCAAGAAUAUUCUGUCAAUUCAGAGCAACAACAUCCUCGUCGGGAAACGGACGAUAGAAUACAGGUGGACGUUCAGAGUUAUUCGGAGACGCGCGCGGAUCAAGAACCAAAUUAUUACGUUCUAAAUUCGGACGGUCAACGAGGGGAACUCGAUAAUUUCGAUGGUCGGAACGAGGCGAAGGUGUAUCAGACCCUGACAUCGUAUCGAGUACCUCUUCAACAAGAUCGAUUCGGUAACGAAAAUGAAAUCAUCGUAGGAACAUCCUCUUUGCAUCGGCAUCGUUCCUCGCCUAUGCACCAUCGAUCUCAGCAAAAUUACGGGGACGUGGAUUCGUCAAUGGACGGGAAAUCGUACGGUUUGUUGCUAGCGCCGUCGAUGAUAAAGACGGAACGAGCAAGCCCAGACUCGGCGGCGACGCCAGGGCCGUGCGAAUCCACCAGUUCCCCCGGUGCCUCGAGAGUCUCACUCUCGCCUGUUUCGCAUUCAGCCAACGGCACCGGAUUCAGCUCCAGCUCCAGCUCCACACCGGAUUCCGAGAAUCCGAUCUCGUCCCUGCACCGUUCGCACCAGAGAGAGUCGAAAGAAACGACAAUAACGAUUCAUAUCGAGGAGAAGGGAACCGAGGACGUAGCAGAGGAGACAGAAAACGGUAAAGCAGUGGUCAAGAAAGAAAUCCAGCUCGAGGAAGAGGUGGUGGUCGGCGAGGAGGGAAGAGAAGCUAUCAUUGCAUCCUCGUACGUCGAUUAUCAACGACCACCUGCUGCUUUCCCAACACACACAGAUUCGUGCCCGGUAAGCCCCGCGAACGAUCGAGAAGGAUAUUCGUUGCCCCCGAGUCCUCGAGGACCGACCAGCUCCGGUAGAUCCAGCAGCAGUUGCUCUGACAGCGAGAUGGAUCCACUCGACUGUUCUUCCGCCAAUCAAAAUUCGUCGAACGAUCUCACUCGUCGACGAUCAUUCUCGCUAAGAUUCAAGCUGGAUGUUCUCGACGCUUUCCACAGGGACGUCGGUGUGGCGGGCAAUCAACGCGCCACGGCGAGAAAAUUCGGUAUCAAUCGGCGUCAAGUACAAAAAUGGUUGGGUCAAGAAACAGAGUUGCGGGGCGAGAUCGCUCUUCGCGGAAACUCGAGGCAGAGGCUCGGUCCCAUCCAGGAUGCCGCUUCCGGUGACUCACCGGUAGAUCUGAGGACGUCGAACUACGUUUCCAGCUUAUCGCAAGAUCGAAUCGAAGUCGAGUACGAGCAAUCGCCUCCUUAUUGCUGCGAUGUUGGUUCCUCGCAGCAUCUUCCAUAUUACCAACACACCGCUAUGGUCGAUGUAUCUUGCGAGAACGAGCCUGUCGUUUCUUGUAAUCUUUCAUGCUGCAUGGACGGCCACGCCGUGACACCGGUUGUCUCAUGCUAUCAGGAAACCUCCUUAAGGGGAUCUUGCUACUCCGACUCGCAGACCAGAUUGUACUGUUAUUCCCCCCGAGAAUAUUCGUCGGAGAUCACCUCGGUUUCCGAACACUCGGAAGAACUGUCCUCACCGUUAAAGAGGCAAUAUUGCACUCUUUCAUGCUGUUACGAGACUCUAUCGUCGCCGAAGAGACUCUGCCUAGAGAUCGAAGAUCAGAUCAGGACGAAUUCCUGCCAAGAAGUGCCUCCUCAGGAAAUGCCGCUUUGUCUGGUGAAGCCAAAGAGGUUCGUCGACGCAGCUGCGUCGAGAACGGAGCCUGUGACGAGUACUGUGCCGACGCCACCGGCGUCCGUCGCGCCUCCGCCCUCAGGAUCAACGAUCAAGAAGGAUGCCAUCCUGUUCAAGCCUUAUUUGGACAAUCCCGUGAGCAAACCGGCCAAAGAGCAGACGGUCCAAAGGGGUUUGUCUCCCAUCAGUAGCCAGAAUAUCAUUAACAACAAUAAUAACAAUAACAACAACAACAACAACAACAACUGCCAAAAUAUUUGCAAUCUGAACGAAGGCAGGGGCCAUGACUAUGCUCUAGAAUUAAGCCUGAGAUUGCCGGUAUCCUGGAGAGCUCAUCCAAGUCCGUACGAGUUCCCACAGGUUAGAAGUGCGUUCGUUAGGUAUCCAGCAAGUCCUCAUUAUACUUAAUUGGAAAAUUUGUUUGAUCCUCGAUUUCGCGAAACGGAAGUUUCGAAUGUUUCGAAUAUUUUAUUG